AUGGCAUCGAAACAAGUAUCACAAAAUAAAAAAUUAGAAGAUGAACAAGGUCAAUUGAAAAAUAUUGACAAUAAGAAUUAUCAAGAAGAAGAAUAUGAAUUUGUUGCAAUACCACCUGACGGAGGAUUUGGUUGGGUUGUUGCUAUUGCAGCAAUGUUAUGUAAUCUUGUAUGUGAUGGUACUCUAUUUGCAUUUGGUACAAUGAAACUUCAUCUUCAAGAACAUUUUAAAUGUUCGGAUAUGCUUAUUCUUAUGGUUGGUUCUGUUCCUUGUGGUGUAUAUUUAUUAGUGGGACCAAUUGUAUCAGGUUUAUCUAAUAGAUAUGGUUGUCGACCAAUUAUUAUUGUUGGAAGUAUUGGUGCAGCAGCUUGUAUGGCAUUGUCUACUUUGUCACCCAAUGUUUGGGCAAUGAUGAUUAUCUAUGGUAUAUUUGGUGGUGUUUUUUUUGGCAUGGUUUAUCUGCCAUCAGUAGUAAUGGUAUCAUUUUAUUUUGAUAAAAAACGAGCUAUAGCCAAUGGUUUGGUAACUGCAGGUACAGGUAUUGGUGCUUUAUCUUUUGGUCCAUUAGCUAAUUUUGUAAUGGGAAAAUUGGGUUGGAAAACGGGCAUGCUUAUAUUUGCUUGUAUAAUGUUAACAUGCAUUGCAUUUGGUGCCAUUAUGCAACCAUUAAAACCUCAAAAAGUACCAAUUAAACGAGAAAUUGAAUUACAAACUCCUGUUAAACAGAAACCAUUAACUUCAGUUUCCCAAGAAGCAACAGCUGGCACAAAUGUACCAUUAUUAUCAUCAGUUGAUACAUCAACUCAGAAUAAUAAUUCGGCUGCUGUACCUUAUAGUAAUGUUGCAACAGUAAAUGGUACAUCAUUAAGUCCACCUAAUCAAUCUCCACGUAUUCGUACAGUAUCAACAUCAAGUUAUGUAUCAGUUGGUGGUACACAUCAUCGUCGUGGUGUUUCUAAUCCUGAAGAUGCAACACGACCACUCUAUAAAAAAGAUGCUUUAUUUACUGGAUCAAAAACUCAACUUCAUCAUGUAUCACAUACAUCAUUAGCUAAUAGCAAUCCAUAUAUGGCAUCAGCAACAAAUAUUCCAGCAUUAACAAAUGAAAAACAAAAAAAAGAUUCAGCAGCUAAAGCAUUUGCUGAUAUACUUUCAGCAAUGACAGAUUUUUCAAUCUUAAAAAAUAAACAAUUAUUAUUAAUUUGUCUUGGAAAUAUAUUUUCUAUGCUUGGUUAUUAUUUACCAAUUAUGUGUCUUGUUUCAUUUGCAACUGAAGAUUUAAAAGUUGAUCAAACAAGUGCUUCAUUUUUAUUAACAGUCUUUGGUCUUUUUAAUACAAUUGGUCGAUUUGCUGGUGGACCUAUUGCUAUGAUACCACAUUUAAGUGCAUUAUGUGUUCAUAAUGUACUUUUAUUUACAGCUGGUAUUCUGACUGUUUUAGCAGCUUAUGCAUAUAAUUUAACAACAUGUGCACUCUAUGCUGGUCUAUGUGGAUUUGCUAUUGCACCUCAUAUGUCCUUAUUACCAAGUAUUAUAUGUGAUUGUGUUGGUCUUGAUAGAUAUACAACAGCUUUUGGUAUUCUUUUUCUAUUUCGUGGUGUAACAUCAAUUAUUGGUCCACCUGCUGCUGGUUUUCUUAAAGAUUAUACUAAAAAAUAUGAUGUAGCAUUUGCUCUUGGUGGUGCAAUGAUAAUUGUGGCUGCAUUCUUUCAUUUUUGUAUUCCAAAGACGAAGAAGAUGUUUUACGAAAAAAUAGACUCGAUGUUUAAAAAGAAUGAUUCUAUACUAGCCAUUUCUUCAUUAAUUAAUUCAAUUUAUUAA